AUGCAAACUGCUGCAAAGAUCUUUGUCAUCUCUGGCCCCUCUGGCUCUGGAAAGUCCACCUUGCUGAAACGUCUUUUCAGCGAAUAUCCCAGUACAUUUGGCUUCAGCAUCUCUCACACUACCCGUAAGCCUCGUCCCGGAGAAGUUGAUGGCAAGGACUAUCAUUUUGUUGAAAAGGAUGAUAUGAUCAAGGAAGUUGAGGAAGGCAAAUUCAUUGAAAGCGCUACCUUUUCAGGAAAUAUGUAUGGCACUUCUAUUAAAGCAGUAGAAGAUGUUGUUGCUGACGGCAAGGUCUGCAUGCUUGAUAUUGAUAUGCAAGGUGUUCAAUCUGUCAAAAAGACAGCAUUGAAUCCCAAGUACAUCUUUGUUCAGCCCCCCAGUCUUGAGAUUUUGGAGGAACGUCUUCGUGGACGUGGUACUGAGAAGGAGGAAGCUAUCUUGGCUCGUUUGGCUGCUUCCAAACAGGAGUUGGAGUAUGGUGCUAUCCCUGGCUCUUAUGACAGUAUCAUCAUCAAUGAUGAUUUGGAGAAUGCUUACAACUCUUUGAAAAAGGCCAUCUUUGUUUAG